CGCGACGACGCGAACGAACGAGAUGGGCGCUCCCCGCGUCUUCCUCACCGGCUUCGUGACGGUCACGAACCCGGAAGAGUUCAUGAAGUACCCCGGCCCCGUGGUCGAGCAGUUAACCAAGGCGGGCGCGGGAUACGUCGGCGCGAAGGGCGACUUCGCCGCGGACGCCGACGCCGUCGAAGACGCGUCCGAUGUCAGCCUCGCGCCGGUCAUCGAGUUCCCGAACAGAGACGCGUUUCUCGGAUGGUGGAACUCCCCGGAGUACGCCGCGGUGAAAGCGCUUCGCGUGGACAACAGCCGCGCCUCCAUCGCGAUGAUAGAAGCGAACUUGCUCCCCGAGGGCGCGGACACCUCCAAGUUCGGCGCCUACGUGAGCACGCUGAAGAAGUUCACCGACAAGGAGCGAUUCCAGGCGGAGUAUCCGCCGCUCAUGAAGGCGAACAACGCCAAGUUCAACGCGACGAUGAUCGCGCGCGUGCCGUUCCGCGGCGAAGGCUCCGAGAAGAUGGUGGCGCAGGAAAACUGCGACGCGUACGACUUCGCGGUGCUGAUUGGAUUUCAAACGAUCGAAGACGCGGUGAAGUACUUGCGCGACGAAGAGUUCGGCGCCAAACAAACCGCGGUGCGCGUGGCGACGACGACGGGUCCGCUCGCGGCGAUCAAGGCGACGAACAAGACGGACGGGCCGUUCCCGCAGUACUCCGGGGUCCCGCACGACCGUUAAUUAGGGCUUGCUACUUAAUCGCGACGCUCGAGUCGAGCGCGGCUGGCGGCUGGUUGGGUGUCACGGAAGUACAAGUACCUCAGUCGUCUCGCGUCGCGUAGACAGCUAUAGAGUCUAAAUAACGAACAGUACGCGUCCG